AUGUCGGCCUCGGCCAGCCGGCGCAACUCUGCCUCAGACAAUGCCGUUUCGUCUCCACUUGCGCGCGCUCCAAAGUUCUCACCACCGUCAUCGAGGACCGUCUCGCCCAUCCGCAGACCUCUGCACGAACGUUCUAAUUCGCAGACCAACCAGUAUGCCGGGCCCACCAUCCGGAUAGUCGAAGACCAAGGAUCAGAUGUCUACUCGAAGAACCCAUUUCCCAGCCAGUCCUCUCAGAUAUUACCGCCUCGUAAGAAGCCAGGGUAUGCGUUCGAACGCAGGGGGUCUCGCGUUUCAGACACGGUCGCAAAGAUUGAAGCAACCCAGCACACAGGCCAGACCCUGGUGCCCAAGCCAUUGGACUCUAAGAACGUCAGACACUCGACGUCCACUAACACGUCAGACGCGGACACUAUUGUGGCCUCUUCUUUCUCGCCGUUGUCCAGUCGUUUCUCCCAAGGCAGCACAGCCCGGUCGUCGCCGACGCCUGACUUCUCAUUUAACUCAUUUAAAAACGAAAAGGAAUUCGAGGUACUUCAGGAAGUUCCCUCUUCGCCGCUCAGGUCGACCAUCCGGGCUGUCCCUCCUUCAACUUCGUCCAGUUCCGAAGCCGAAGCGCCGAACGACAGCCACGCAUUAACAGAACGUGCACCAGAAUCUGUCUCGGAAACCGAUGCCAGUGUACGGUUACCAACAUCGCAGAGCGGAAGGACCGAUACCCCAUCCGAGGGGAAUCUCCCAUUCAGCAUAUACAAUCCGCGAAGGCGAGCGCACCAGCGCGUGUCGGGGGCGGAGACUGCGUCCAUGUCCGAAGGCCCAGUCGAGCAAGACGUCUACGUGGUCGGAGGUCCCCGACGGCACGUCUUGGAGCAGUUCACUCCGCGCCUGCGACCAGACCAUCGAAGCCAAGCUCAACUCAGCGCGUGGAAAGCCCCCUCUUUCGACGAGAACUUUGGAGCCGCACUGUUCAGCCGUCAGAACAGACAGAUCGUCUUUUUCUCCCUGGGCUUCAUCUUCCCCCUCGCCUGGAUGAUCGCGUCUUUCUUACCCCUGCCCCCAGACCCCAAAACGGUCCAAGGCGCCACCGCAAGCGAAUUGGACCUUGAGCAACGCUUCGAUAACCAAUUCGGCCCCGUCGUCGACAAAUCGUUCCAGAAGGCCAAUUGGUGGCGCAACCUCAACCGCGUCAUGUCCGGCGUCGGCACGCUUCUCAUCGGCGUGAUAAUAGCGCUCGCCAUUCUCGCUUCUAGGAUGUCCAAGUCCUGA